AUCUGAGCGUGUCUAACGUAAUAGUGACGUCACGCGAUCUGGUCCAAAACAAACAAAAUGGCGGCGCGCUUGAGAUCGGUUCUUCCUCAGUUGUCACGGUUUUCAGCGAUAUCAACCAACUCAUACCACACGCAAUGCACCGGUCAGAGAAAAUUCAAUUUGCUUCACGUGACAGCAGUCAAACAAUUUUCACUGCGACAAUUGUCCGUCCAGACACAAGAUACCCCAAAUCCGAGAAGCUUAAAGUUUCUCCCUGGUAAACCUGUUCUUGGAUCCGGAACCCUGGAUUUUCCUUCUCCAAGCUCUGCAGAAUGCUCCUCUUUAGCCAGGGAUCUCUUUGAAAUCGAAGGAGUAAAGAGUGUUUUCUUUGGGCCAGACUUCAUAACUGUUACAAAGAUGGAUGAUGACGUGGAAUGGACAGACAUUAAGCGGUAUUCCUUGGAUGCAAUUGUGAAAUUCUUUGAAAGUGGCACUCCUAUUACCACAGGAGCAGUGAACAAUGAGAGCAGUUUCUCUGAAGACGAUGAUGAGGUUGUUGCCAUUAUAAAGGAGCUUCUAGACAACCGGAUUAGGCCAACAGUGCAGGAGGACGGCGGUGAUAUCAUCUAUAAGGGCUUCGAAGACGGCAUAGUCAAAGUAAAGUUGGUGGGUUCCUGCACUGGGUGCCCAAGUUCUACAGUCACUUUGAAGAACGGCAUCCAGAAUAUGAUGCAGUUCUACAUUCCAGAGGUGGUCGCCGUUGAACAGGUGGAGGAUGAAGUUGAUGAAGUCAAUGCUAAAGUGUUCUCUGAACUGGAACGCAAGUUACAAGAUUAGGCCCGCCCUUCACCCAACAUACCCUUGAACCCUAUGUUUAUGAAGGAAAAUAGCUUUCACUUUAAAACAGAGCUGGUUGCAUUGUGCUUUGCUUUUUGCUAAUGUACUUUGGUGAUUGUAUAGAAUAUGAAAAUAUGUUUAUACUGUUGGCGCUGAAGUUGUAUCAGAUUUAGAACAAACGGCCACAUCCGUAUUUAUUCCUUAGUUAAAAGGUAUAUGUAAUGCUGUUCUGUAACCUAUCUGAGCACACACUGUGCUCCUCUAUACAGCACCUACUGUAUUUAUUUCCUGUUGUCAUUGCUUCUAAAAUAAAAUCCCAAUAUUUCUGUGCAGUGAUCCACUGUACUCUGCUCACUUAUCAGACAGCUAGGGAUUCUACAUAAACACUGUAUUGACAAAAUAACCAUUGAACUGAAUUCAAAUUGCUGGUAUUAUUUGUAGUUUGGAGCUCUAUAAUGUACCAUAUUAUAAAUAAAUGUUCUUGCUGAAAUCAAAUCUAAAUGUAUCUCCAAGCAUUGAGUGUUUCCAAGAAGCCUGUGAUAUUGCAUAACCAAAUCGCAAAUGCCCAUUAUUCUGAAACCUCUAGAUUUUCUAUCACCAAGAGUCUUUAUCACCGGGCACCGACUAAUAUACUUCCGGACGCAAUUGAAUGGGCAUAUAACAAAUCAGAGCAGCGAAACGUGUGGUAUAUCAAUGGCAUCCAUCUUGGUUGUUUAUGGAAAAUGGCUCUCCCAAAUGGGGGCUCCUCUGUGCAGUCAUCGUAUCGAACCUGCCCCAUACUAGAUAAACAGUUGGAUUGCCCGGACCCGGGCCAGGUCUGCAGGGAAUCUGUCUGAACCGGAGGGGGGCCAAAGGCUCCUUGAGGAUUUUUCAUGUUCCCAGACUAGGUUCCAAGCCCCAAAGUGGCAGAUUUGACUCUUGAACCAUUGGUUUGAAGUGUAAACCAUCCAAACACUGUAAGUGAUUGCUUGUUGUCAUCCACAGCAAUAUAUAAAUAAUGGCAGCCACGCACAACCUUGUUAUAGCAAAAGUUUUUUCUGUGUGGCCUUGUCACCUUGAAAUAUGGUUCUAUGUACCGACACCUAGUUAGGACCAUAAAAUGUAUACAAUAGGUUGUGGCCAUAGACUGUAAAACAAUGUUUGUUCCGAUAAAGAUGUAACGCUGUUUAUAGCGGCACCUAUAGGUAAUUUACCCUCAUUAUUAGCUUUCGCACCAGAGCUGGCACAUGCGCAUUUGUAGCAAAUAGGUUAUGGCCACGUGUCUGAGUAACAAUACUACAAAAAACUCAUAGUUUACCAAAUUAAUCCAUCAGACAUUAAAU